AUGGAGUGGCGGCAGUGUGCGAUGUGGCUGAUCGACUGCCGAGUUCUUCCUGAGAACCACCGGGUCACAUGGGAGGGCGCACAGGUGUGUGACUUGGCUCAGGCUCUAAGAGAUGGCGUGCUACUCUGCCAGUUGCUCAACAACUUGCUGCCACAGGCCGUCAACCUGAGAGAGAUUAACCUUCGCCCACAGAUGUCCCAGUUUCUGUGCCUGAAGAAUAUCCGGACGUUUCUGGGAGUUUGCCAAGAGAGGUUUCAUCUCAAAAAGAGUGAACUGUUUGAGGCCUUUGACCUGUUUGAUGUUCGAGACUUCGCAAAGGUCAUAGACACUUUGUCCAUCCUGUCUCAUUCAUCCAUUGCAAUACAAAGAGGACUUCAGCCUUUUCCUUUGGAAGGAUGCGCUCCUGAUGAUGAGAUCUACAGCGGCCUCUCUGACCAAAUAGAUGACACAGUGGAUGAGGAUGACGACUUAUAUGACUUUGUGGAGGAUGAGGAGAACGAGGGGGAUGAGAUCUAUGAAGACUUGAUGAGGACGGAUGAACCACCUGAAGCUCAGAAGACAGGUGUUGACAAACGAGAGUGCUGCCUGCAGGAGAUCAGACAGACAGAAGAGAAAUACAGCGACACACUGGAAUCUAUAUUACAGCACUUUAUGAAACCGCUUGAAAGGUUUCUCCAGGAGCAAGACAUUGAGAGUAUCUUCAUCAACAUUGAGGAGUUGGCCAACACCCAUCGUAAUUUGUUGGAGGAGGUCCGGAGCUCCAUCCUAAAUUAUGGAGCAAGGAAUCUCUACCAGGUGUUUUUUAACUACAAGGAGAGGCUCUUACUGUACGGUCGCUACUGCAGUCAGGUGGAAACAGCAACAAAACACCUCGACAAGCUUUCAAACACGAGAGAGGAUAUCAGGAUGAAACUGGAGGAGUGUUCAAAGAGAGCCAAUAGUGGACGUUUUUCUCUCAGAGAUUUACUCAUGGUCCCUAUGCAGAGGGUCCUCAAAUAUCACCUGCUGUUACAGGAGCUGGUGAAGCAUACCACUGACCCAACAGAUAAGGAAAAUCUACGCACAGCUCUUGAUGCCAUGAGAGACCUGGCGCAGUGUGUGAACGAGGUGAAGCGAGACAAUGAGAUCAUCAGGCAGAUCACGUCCUUCCAGUUGUCCAUAGAAAACAUGACUCAGUCUCUAGCUUUCUAUGGUCGCCCCAAGAUUGAUGGAGAGCUGAAGAUCUGCAGCUCGGAGAAGAAGUCUAAGCAGGACAGGUAUGCAUUCCUCUUUGAUAAAGCCAUGUUUGUGUGUAAGAAGAAGAGUGGAGAGACCUUUGAGUUAAAGGAGAUCAUUGAACUACAGCACUACCAGAUACGAGAUGAAACCACAGGAGAGAAGGACAAUAAAAAGUGGUCCUAUUUGUUCCUCCUGCUGGACUGCUAUGGGAGGUGUGGGUACGACUUAUUCUUCAAAACCAGAGAACUGAAGAAGAAAUGGCUGGAGCAGUUUGAGAUGGCUCUGUCAAAUAUGUGUCCAGAGAACUCCACAGCCAACAACCACGACUUCCAGAUGCACUGCUUCGAGGACACCACCUCCUGCAAGGCCUGCUCGAUGCUGUUAAGAGGGAUAUUUUUCCAGGGCUAUCGCUGCACUCGCUGUAAAAUGGCUGCACAUAAAGAGUGUUUAGGCAGAGUCCCUGCCUGCGGACGAAACUCAGAUCACGCUGGCACUACGAGGAAGAAUAAAACACAGAGGUCCUCCGGACACUCCAGCGUUGGAUUUCCUAAGAUGGAGGUAUGUCAGGAGUAUUAUGGCUUGCCUCCGCCUCCUGUGGGCUUCGGCCAACCUCUUCACCUCUCCAAAGGUGACAUCAUUGAGCUGACCCGGGCUGAUGCCGACCUGCCAUGGUGGGAGGUAACGUUAAAAAAAAAAAAAAAAAAAAUUCAAGCAAUUCACUCUGCAUUCUGAAAACUGAGGAGGGUCACACAUUAUUUUGUUGGGUUUUUCAAGCCUGGUUUCCUGUGGUUAAUGUGUAGGUGUGAAAUGCUUUUGUCUUUUUCAGUCUCUUUUGUCUUUUUCCUUUCUGCAUCUUCUUCUCUGUCUUCCAUUUCCUCACUCGUACCCGACGUGCACGUCUGUCUUUCUGCUUUUUAUUCUGUGAUUCAUUUCAAAAGGUUUUGAUUUGGAAAAUAAAUCAAACCCUAAUGCAGCUUCAGUUUCAGGGUCCUGGUAUAUUGUUCAUGCUGCCUCACUGUCACACUGUCAUGGUUUACUGGGACACUUGAAUAAAACAGAGCCAUCAUUAAUGUUAUUAGUAACAUAUGUGCUUUUCCUGUUACAAGUUGAAAACUUUGCUGUGGGAACAGCCUUUCAGAUGACAUUUACCUUGUUGCUGAUCAUUUUUCCUUAGCCUUUAGGUUUGUGUAUGAAUUAUUUACUAUUUUUCAAGAAGCUGCCAAAACAGCUUUAUUUUUCAGUUAUGUAAUUGUCCUAACUUUGACAGUUAAAGGCCUUUUAUUCCUUUAUUUUUCACUGUAGUGUUUAGAA